UUUAAUUGAAUUGAUUUACAUUGCAGAGAAUGAAUUUGAAAGUAACAGUGGCAAGGAGCCUGAGUUCUGCUUCUUUUUCAACUGCUGCUGACAAAGCAGAUGUGACAGAACCUGUAGAGCAGUCUCAGAAGAUGAGCAAAGCCAUGAAAGCAUAUAUGGAACGUGCUCAAGCUCAUGAUGCUUUCAUGGCAGAGCAGAUUGCUGAAUAUGAGAUAGGUCGACGACAUCUUGCCAACAUAAUGGGAGAAGACCCUGAAACAUUUACAGAUGAAGAUAAAGAUAGGGCAAUUGAAUACCUGUUUCCUUCUGGGUUGUUUGACCCUCGUGCCCUACCACAGAUGAAACAUCCAAGUGAAGUAUUUUUCAAGAGAAAAGCUGCAGAGUUUGAUUAUAGUGGUCGUCCAUUCCACGCCUUGUUCUACACAGGAUUACCAAAUUAUUAUCAGAUUUUGCAUGACAUAACUGAGAAGGUACAGGAACUGGACCACUUCGCGAGUAGGAUGAGCCACUUCAAUGUAACCCAGGACACGAAUAAAACAAUGAGCUUUGGAGGAUCAGAAUGGUUGACUAAGGAAGAAUUUGAAAAAAAAAUUGUUGAAGCCAUUAAAGAUUAUCAUUAUGAAUUCUUCGUCAAGUCAAUGAAUCGUCUAGUUGCACAUCCUCUUUCAUAUAGAGAAAAAGAUUUUAUUAUGAGUUAUAGAAAAGAGAAAGUCAGUGCACUGUUAUUGCAGGAGAUUCCAAAGCUUAUGUUCAAUGCUGAAGGUGUUCCAUACAUGAUAACGACUGGAAGAAGAAAAACUUCUACUGCUACUGUCACAGUAUAUGGACGGGGUUCAGGAAAGAUGACAAUUAAUAAUAAAGAUAUACUAUUUUUCAGCAAUAUUCAAGAUAGAGAGCAGAUUUUGUUCCCAUUACAAUUCUCUGGUGUUUUGGGCACAGUAGAUGUUGUUGCUGAAGUUGAAGGUGGAGGAACUACAGGUCAGUCAGGGGCUAUCCGCUAUGCUAUAUCUAUGGCACUCCGUUCAUUUGUAGACUCUGAGAUGGUUGAAAAAAUGAGGCUGGCUGGUCUUCUGACACGUGAUCCACGAAGGAGAGAGAGAAAGAAGCCAGGACAGAAGGGUGCAAGAGCUAAAUUCACAUGGAAAAAACGUUAGUUCCUUUCUGUACCCUUUGUGGUGCUGUAAGUUAAUGUGCCGUGGUAUGUUAUGUAGUUAUGUACAGUCAUGAGAUGAAGAAAUUUUUUGCUUAAUA